UCUGCAGGUGUGUCGUUCACAAAGCACCCGUCCAAUCAGACGGUGUCUCAGGGGAACGCAGCGAGGCUGGGCUGUGCCGUCCAGGGAGUGAUGGAGCCCGACAUCGUGUGGAUGAAGGACGGAGAGAAACUGUACAGCACCGACCAGAUGUUCAUCACACUGGGAGAGCAGCACUGGGAGACUUACCACAGUGUGAAGUCGGUCCAGCAGCAGGAUGCGGGUCAGUACUGGUGUGAGGUUGAGUUCCACGGCCUGACGUUCUCCUCUGAGCGAGCCUGGAUCACAGUGGAAGGUGUGCCUCACUUCGUCCAGGAGCCGCAGGAUGUUGCCACGUUCCCCAACGUUCCCUUCAACCUCACCUGUGCUGCCAUCGGCCCCCCCGAGCCCGUGGAGGUGCUGUGGUGGCUCGGGGGGGUCCAGGAGGGAGAGCCACGACCGUCGCCCUCCGUCCUCCACGUCCAAGGCGUGAACAUCAGUGUGAAGUUCUACUGUGAGGCGAAGAACCUCAGAGGGAUUUCUGUGUCUCGGACCGGUACCGUUCACAUCAAAGUGUUGCCGGCGGCUCCGGUCGGGCUGCAGGUCCUGAGGAUGGUGGACAACAAUGUCACGUUGUCAUGGAAACCAGGAUUCACAGGAUACUCUGAGCUGUCCACCUGCGUCCUCCAGGUGUCCAGGCGGUGGGUCCAGAGGUUGGACCUCCCUCAGCAGGAGGUUCUGGUUCCUCCUCACCUUCAGGUUCUGUCCGGUCUGAGGAGUCACUCAAACUACAGCGUCAGAGUGUCGUGUGUUAACGAGGUGGGGGCGUCGCCCUUCUCCCCCUGGCUGCACUUCCAGACACCUGAGGCAGCGCCGUCGGUGGCGCCCAGGAAUCUGACGUUUGAGCUGUCGGAGCAGCAGCUGUCUCUGAACUGGGCCAAGCUGCAGGACGACGAGCUGCACGGCAAACUGUUGGCCUACAAGCUGCAGUGGACUCUGGGAGGAGAACCACAGGAGCCUCUGCUGUUCAAGGAGAACUGGGCCCGGCUGUCCGGAGGAGGGCGGUUCCUUAACACCUCCUUCCAGGUGUCGGCCUGCACCUCGGUGGGCUGUGGACCGUGGACCUCUCCGGUGCUGGUGCUGCCCGCCUCAGUGCAGGCCCAGGUCCAGAGGAGCCACAUGUGGGUCGGCGUGCUGCUCGGUCUGCUCGUGGCCACCGUGAUUGGACUGCUGCUCGCUGUGAUCGCUCACCGCCGCGGGAAAGAGACGCAGUUUGGUUCGGCCUUUAAGCCUCCGGGUCCUGAGAGUUCUGUUUCCUUCACGGCGGCCCGAUCCUUCAACAGGUCGUGUUCUGAUCAGCAGGAGUCAACAUUGGACAGUCUGGGAAUAAACGAUGAGCUGAAGAACAAACUGCAGGACGUCCUGAUCCCAGAGAGGCUGCUCACACUGGGACACAUGCUGGGGAAAGGUGAGUUCGGCUCGGUGCGUGAGGCGCUCAUGAAGAUGGAGGACUCGUCUGUCCAGAAGGUGGCAGUCAAAGUGCUGAAAUCUGACAUCACCUCAUCAGCUGACAUCGAACAAUGUCUGAAGGAAGCAGCUUACAUGAAGGACUUCCACCACCCCAACGUCAUCCAGCUCAUUGGAGUGAGUCUUCACCGGCGUCAUGGCCAGCGGCUGCCGAUCCCGAUGGUGGUUCUUCCAUUCAUGAAACACGGAGACCUGCACACCUUCCUGCUGCUGUCCAGACUGGGAGAACAGCCGUUUGACCUGUCUCUGCAGACUCUGUUACAGUUCAUGUUGGACAUCUCUCGUGGGAUGGAGUACCUGAGCAGCAGGAACAUCAUCCACAGAGACCUCGCUGCACGGAACUGCAUGCUGGACGAGAACAUGACGGUGUGUGUAGCGGACUUCGGUCUGUCUAAGAAGAUCUACAGUGGAGAUUAUUACAGACAAGGCUCAGUGUCCAAACUGCCCGUCAAAUGGAUCGCACUGGAGAGUCUGAGUGACAACGUGUACACCACACAGAGCGACGUGUGGGCGUUUGGCGUGACGAUGUGGGAGAUCAUGACUCGUGGUCAGACGCCGUACCCCGGCGUGGAGAACUCUGAGAUCUACGAGUAUCUGAUCAAAGGAGAGCGACUGAAGAAACCUCCAGACUGCAGAGACGACAUUUAUGACAUCAUGCACAGCUGCUGGAGUCCCGUCCCUAAAUGCCGUCCCAGUUUCCAGCAGCUGGUCGUCCAGCUGGAGGCGCUGUGGCUCAGCCUGUCGCCCGCCGCGCCGCCGAAGGAGCCGUUACUCUAUGUCAACCUGGAGGGGGACGACGGGGCCGCGGGGCCCGACGAGGCCGCGGCGAGCUGGAGCGUCCCCUGGCAGCGCAGGGCGGAGGCCGAGGAGAAUGACUGGCUGAUGGUGGGGUCCGCCGCCGCGCUCGCCAUCGGAGGAGACUACAGGUACAUCAUCGGCCCCUGUGGAGCUCCUGAGGAGGAGCAGGGGGAGGAGGAGGGAGGAGGAGCAGGGAGGAGGGGCGGGUCGAUGGAGGUCCGAGACGAGGAGGACGACAUCAUCAUUAAUGUCUGACCAAUCACAGAGCUCCUCCUCCUCCUCAGCUGAUCAGAGAGAGACGCUCACUUUAUGGCACGGAGCCGCAGCAGGCGGGUGGAGACACACACACACACACACACACACUAGCGUAGCUUCUGUCAGGGUGUCAUGUGACCACACGGACAUGAAGGUGGAUCAUGUGAUGCCGCCAGAGCAGAGUGCUUCCUGUUUGAUCCACCAUGAGUGACUGUGAGGGGUCUCCCUGGAACCGGACCGGACCGGGUCGAGCACAGCCUCGGAGACCGUGACGGCACCGAGCGGAUCUACAGACUUCAUGAUGGAGACAUCGAUCAGCUGAAGCUAAGCUAACAUGCUAACACAGCUAACACUGAGGAGCUAGUGCUAAUGUCGCUAACUGCCGUUAGCUGUACUUCCUGUUUCAUGAGAACUUUAAAGACUCAGUCAGUGAAAUUAUUGAAUCUGUCUCCGUUAAUCGAUCAGUUCUUGUGUUGAUCAGUGUUUCCAUGGUGACGCCCUCAAACGUCGUGCAGUCCUUGAACUGGAGAGGAAGUGAGUUUUUCAAAAUAAAAGCUCUAUUCUGGAGCUAGCUGUAAAUCAUCCCACCCAACCAACACUCGGUGUCAGGUCAACAGACUGAAUGCCGACCAAUCAGAGCCGAGUAUUGAACAGAGCCGUGUGAUAGGUUCAAACCAUUGUUACAGUAUUCAGCCUGUUAACUCGUUAACCAGUGUCUGAUCAGACGAUGUUUAAUCAUCCGAAAUAUUUCAACAGGUCCUUAAACACAACGCGCUGUGUUUAAUGGUCACUCCACCUGUCCCUUACCUGUCCCCCACAUGUCCCUCACCUGUCCCUUACCUGUCCUCCACAUGUCCCUCACCUGUCCUCCACCUGUCUGUCUGAGAGGAUGAAUGAAUCUCAUGUUCUUUUAACGUCCCUGAAUGCAUCGUGUGAAGUGUUCACAUUAUCAACUGACACGGCGGAGCCUGAAGGCAACACGUGUUAUUAUACAGGAAGUGUCAGGUGUGUUUUCAGGUACAUCAGCACAGUUUGGUCCAAUCAGAACAAAGUAAACGAUGACAUCGUUUCAGCAUCACAUGGUUGAAAUAUUUUAAUAUUUGUGUUUCUGCCGGAUCAUCAGACUCAGGUUAAUUUCACCUUUAAUAUUCAUGCAUGUAGAAAAUAUUCAGCUGUCACAUGAUUAAUAAUUAAAUCUAAUUACUGCAGAUGAGUCAUCAGGCGACGAGCAAAGAAAAUCGUCGUUAUUGUUGUUGUGAGUUCUGACAAGCCUUUAAUGAGUCACAUGAUGUCAGUGUUUAUGUCACGUAUGAUCGUCGAACGUCCGUUACACGCCAACAUGUUUGUUUAGAGCAGAACUCACAGCUGAUUGGUCGAAUAAUGAGGUCGCUGCUUUCUGUUUGAAUUUUAAUGUGAAUUUGUUUUUAUGAUCUUUAAUCCAGUUUAACUUAUUUUGUUCUCGUGUUCAUCAAAUACAUGUUACACAUGUUACAUACACUGGGGGGGGGCGGCCUGCUGAACACCACCUUUAACCUGCUGCAUCCACACGCUCCAACCAGAACACAUCCAUGUUUUUAAAGGUUUCAUGGGACCAGACCUGACAGUGAACAUGUAUGUUAUAUUACAUGUAUAUUAGAGUCUAAACAUGUUAGAGUCUAAACGUGUUAGAGUCUAAACAUGUUAGAGUCUAAAUGUGUUAAACAUGUUAGAGUCUAAAUGUGUUAAACGUGUUAGUCUAAACAUGUGUGUUAGAGUCUAAACAUGUUAGAGUCUAAACGUGUUAAACGUGUUAGAGUCUAAACGUGUGUGUUAGAGUCUAAACAUGUGUGUUAGUCUCAACAUGUGUGUUAGUCUCAACAUGUGUGUUAGUCUCAACAUGUGUGUUAGAGUCUCAACAUGUGUGUUAGAGUCUAAGCGUGUGUUAGAGUCUAAGCGUGUGUUAGAGUCUAAACGUGUGUUAGAGUCUAAGCGUGUGUGUUAGAGUCUAAACGUGUGUUAGAGUCUCAACGUGUGUGUUAGUCAUGUAUGUCUAUGUGUAACAUGUAUGUUAGUCAGGUCGUCAUGUGGGAUGUUUUCUUGGUUAACUGUUUUUGCGUGACGCUCUCUGUUUGACUGAUUUUUCUGAGCUCGUCUGUUUGUCGACAUGAACCUGAACUUGAAUAAAGUGUUGUUUGUGUCACA